ACCUAGUGGCAAACAAUGUAAAUAAAACGAACGUUUGGGUUGCAUGGACUCGAUAUAGUGAAGGCUUCAAUCAGUUAGCGAGAACUGAUUAUAGUAGGAGUUUGGUCAAAUUAAUUUACUGGCAAAAUGGACCACCAGCAUGUAACACCACAAACUCAGAAAACUACUAAGAAAAAGAACAAGAAGAAAAGCCCAAAAGGAGUGCAGCAGCAACAGCAGCAGUGUAGUGAUAGCCAGGUGGUACAUGACUCUGAAUGCAGUGAACCUCAGGCUACACAAGGUCAGUAUGUGACAUCAAAGGAGCAGCCAGACCAUGAUAUCAUCAGGCAAGUGCCUGAACAACAACAGCCAGCUGCUAAAGGCAACAAGGACCAAAGCCAGUCUGCUGAGAAUACUGGGCAAUCGAACAAAAAUCCGACAACACCACCCGCAGAUGAUCCAGCGAAUAAGGAGGCUCUACAGCAGAGCAGAGCACAGAAGAAGCUUAGGAAACAACAGAGAAAAGCAGGUGGAGGCCAGACGGAGGGAACACAGCAGCAGCAACUAGGUCAACAGCAACAGCACAACACUCAAUCACAUGGUCAUGGAAAAAGUGACCAUCAUGCUAAGUCUCAAGGAAAUCUGGUUGCAAACAUAGAUACACCAGUGGUGCAGAAGUCAAAGGUAGAACUAAAGGCUGAGAGGCGAGCGAAGCAGGAAGCUCAGAGAGCUGCCAAAUCAGCAGAACAAGGUAAAGGAGGAAAGAAGGGAGAUGUUGGAAUGUUGGCUGGAAGUGCUGCAGUACCUAAACGAGUGCCAGAUCAAGUGAGAGCAGAUGAGGAAAAGGUGCAGAAGAAGCUGGCAAGGAAGUUGGAAAAACAGCAGGUUCCCCAGAGAAUUUCUGCACAGAAGAAAGUCAAACUAUUUAUGCACCUUCACCAAUAUGAGAAAACCACCUCUCCCACUCAGGGCAUUCUGAUAAAUGGGUCUAUGCAUCCAGCUAUGCUGCGCUUAGGAUUACAGUAUGCAGAAGGCUUCAUUCAGGGAUCUAAUGCCAGAUGCAUUGCUUUGCUAUAUGCAUUAAAACAGGUGUUUUCUGACUAUAGUACCCCACCUCACAAGGAGCUGGCAAGAGAAUUAGAUGCAAAAAUUAAGCCAUAUAUCACCUUUUUGAAUCAAUGUCGCCCUCUAUCUGUGAGCAUGGGCAAUGCUAUCAAGUACUUGAAGAUGCUCAUCACAAAUAUGCCACCGGAAUUAAGUGAUGAUGAGGCAAAAAAGAAACUGAAUAAAGCGAUAGACACAUAUUACUUGGAAAAGAUCCAGCUAGCAGGAACGGCAAUAUCUAAUUUUGCCAUCCAGAAGAUAACUGACGGCGAUGUGAUACUAGUUUACGCCUGUUCGUCGUUGAUUCAGAAGGUUCUGUGUGCAGCAAAGGACAAGAACAAGAGGUUCCAAGUGAUCGUCGUAGACUCCCGCCCAAAACUGGAGGGGAAAGAGAUGCUGCGUAGGCUGGUGAAGCAUGGCAUUACCUGCAGCUACGUCCUCAUCAAUGCCAUCUCAUACAUCAUGCCAGAGGUGUCAAAAGUUAUACUAGGGGCGCACGCCUUGCUGGCUAAUGGCUAUGUGAUGUCUCGAUGUGGAAGCUCACAGAUUACACUGAUGGCCAAGUCCUACAAUGUACCGGUGCUUGUAUGCUGCGAGACGUACAAAUUCUGCGAACGGGUGCAAACGGAUUCGUUCGUUUCCAAUGAACUGGGUGACCCUGAUGAUCUAGUGAGGAUCGAUUACAACAAAGCACCCUUGGCAGACUGGCGAGAAAAGAAAUAUCUCAGCUUGCUAAAUCUCGUCUACGAUGUGACACCACCCGAUUUUGUCAAUGUCGUCAUUACAGAAGUGGGAAUGAUACCCUGCACAUCAGUACCAGUUGUACUCCGAGUUAAGAAUGUCGAAGCUAACUAGGACGGUCAGGGUGAAAGUAAUGAGAGUAUGUAAAGUAAGUAACUAGUAUAUCAUGCCAGCCUUACUCAAGUCUAAGAAAUGUGGUUUACUUGGUGAUCAUGUCAUUAGUCGCAGAUGGUUUAAACUGAUGUGAAAUUAAAGGAUUUGUUUCAGCUGCUUCUUAUCAUCUUUGAUUACAACAGUUGGAAGCUAAAAAAUUGUCUGUUUAUAAUAAUGGUGUUUUUAAUAUUAAAGCAGUAACAUACACAGCA